GUCUUGAUAUCCAAAAAGACCAAAAGCCGAAAACAGCGAUAAAUAUAGUGCGAAAUUGCAAUUUUUUGAAAGCUUGAUAAAGUUAGUUUGAUUUGAAUUGCACAAGUAUCGUAUCCUCCAUGGGUUGGGUUUCAGACACAGUUCAAUCUGUCAAGUCCAUUAAAUUCAGAGAAGCUUUGACCCAACUCAUCACUCUCGGGUUGGUUGUAACAUCUGCGCUAGUGAUAUGGAAAGGGUUAAUGUGUAUCACUGGAACUGAAUCCCCUGUUGUCGUUGUUCUUUCUGGAAGCAUGGAACCUGGUUUUCAAAGAGGUGACAUUCUGUUCUUGCACAUGAAUAACGAUCCUAUUCGUGCCGGAGACAUUGUGGUUUUCAAUAUAGAUGGACGUGAUAUUCCAAUUGUUCACCGUGUAAUUAAGGUCCAUGAGCGUCAAGAUACACAAGAGACUUAUUACCUUACUAAAGGAGACAAUAAUGACAUGGAUGACAGGGUUUUGUACAAUCAUGGCCAGAAUUGGCUGGAGAAAAAGCAUAUUAUGGGAAAAGCUGCCGGGUUUUUACCUUAUGCUGGUUGGGCUACAAUAAUCAUGUCCGAAAAACCCAUUGUCAAGUAUAUACUCGUGGGGGCAUUGGGACUAUUGGUUUUGACAUCAAAGGAAUAGGUUAAGAAACAAUUGCAUACAAUACAAUGUAAAAGAAUCUUUAGUGUUACUAGUACAAAUAAUUCAUAUUUUCUUCAUUGCCUCCUUAUUGGAAUGAAGCCAUUUUAAUCAAUAGGCAUCAUUGUUUGAUGAUGAAA